AAGCCUGCCAUCCCUACAGGAAAAACGGCAUUGGAUAUAGUUUUUACGGACUUAACCGAGUUGGGAAUUAGCUGCAACCUUCAAGAUGCCGUCCAAGCCUGCCCCAAUCAAGAAGGCGGCUAAAAAAGAACCAGCCAAGAAGGAGGAGGCGGCCCCAGAGCCCGAACCAGCUCCAGAGCCCGCACCCGCACCAGCUGAGGCUGCACCCGCAGAAGCCGCACCAGCUGAGGCUGCACCCGCUGAAGCCCCAGCCGAGGGCGAAGCUGCACCUGCAGAGGUGGCGCCCGCUGUUGAGGAGCCCAAACCCCCCACACCUCCACCCGCAGAUGCUGCUCCUGCUGAAGCUGCUCCCGUUGCUGCAGAUCAGCCAGCCGCCGAUGCUGUAGAACCUGCUCCAGAAGAAACUCCAGCUGCUGCAUCUGAGGUUCCUGCUGAUGCAGCAGAGCCUGUUACAGAGGAAGCACCAGCUGCUGCUGCUGAGGCACCUGCUGAUGCUGCUGCUCCCGCUGCAGAAGAAACACCAGCUCCUGCUGCUGACGCUCCUGCUGAUGCUGCCGCUCCCGCUGCAGAAGAAACACCAGCACCUGCUGCUGAGGCCGAGGCUCCUGCUGAGGCUGCUCCUGCUGCAGAGGAAACACCCGCUCCCGCCGCCGUCGAGGUCCCUGCUGAUGCUGCUGCUCCCGCUGCAGAAGAAGCACCAGCACCGGCUGCUGAUGCCGAAGCCCCUGCUGAUGCUGCUGCUGCCGCUCCCGCCACAGAUGAAGCUGCUCCCGCUGCUGAAGGAGAAGCACCUGCAGAUGCUGAAGCUGCUGUAGCUGCUGAAGCUGCACCAGAGGAGCCUAGAGCACCCACGCCGCCACCUCCUAUUCCCAAAGAGCCCACCAGCGCCCCUGUGGAUCUGUUCAUCGAGGACAAGAACGACACUUCAGUGACGAUCAUCUGGAGCCAGCCCGAGACCAUCGGACAAACCGGCCUGGAUGGAUACAGCAUCGAAGUGGCGAAGGACGGAACUGACGACUGGAAAGCAGUCAACGGGGAAGUGCAGAAGUCCUGCCGCUACGUCAUCAAGAACCUGACCACAGGCGACCGUCUGAAGAUCCGUGUGUUGGCUGUGAAUGCCGGAGGCCCCAGCCCACCAGUUACUCUCCCAGAGGCCGUGCUGGUGAAGGAGGUGGCAGAUCGCCCCAAGGUCCGCCUGCCUCGCUUCCUCAGGCAGAGAUACGUCGCUAGCGUCGGAGCCAAGAUCAACCUUACCAUCCCCUUCACAGGUAAACCCAAACCUGUGGUCUCCUGGACUAAGGCCGGUGGGCCUCUGGACACAAAGAGAGUGAACAUCCGCAGCAGCGAUAGAGACAGCAUCAUGUUCAUCCGCGCUGCCGAGAGGGACGACUCUGGAGUGUACGAGAUGUGUGUGAAGGUGGACGACUUCGAGGACAAGGCUCAGAUCAUCCUGCAGAUUGUUGAGCUGCCUGGCCCUCCUGCCACCGUGAAGAUCGUGGACACCUGGGGCUUCAACGUGGCUCUUGAAUGGACCCCACCCGUUGACAACGGAAACACAGACAUCACAGGUUACACAAUCCAGAAGGCCGACAAGAAGACUGGAGACUGGUUCACUGUGUUGGAGCAUUACCACAGGCUGAAUGCCACCAUCUCCGAUCUCAUCAUGGGCAACACCUACAAGUUCAAAGUGUUCUCUGAGAACAAGUGUGGAAUCAGUGAGGAUGCCACUGUUGCUAAGCAGGAGGCCAAGAUCAUAAAGACAGGUACUGAGUUCAAACCUCUAGAUUUCAAGGAGCACGACUUCACCGAGGCACCCAAGUUCACCACCUCUCUGACUGACAGAUCUACCACCGUGGGCUACAGCACCAAGCUGCUGUGUUCCGUCAGAGGAUUCCCCAAGCCUAAGGUUCUGUGGAUGAAGAACCAGAUGAUUAUCGGAGAAGACCCCAAGUACAGGCAGAUCUGCACCCAGGGUAUCUGCUCUCUGGAGAUCCGCAAGCCCGGUAACUUUGACGGCGGUGUGUACUCCUGCAAAGCCAAGAACGAUCACGGAGAGGCAACCGUCAGCUGCAAACUGGAGGUCAAACAGGCAGCAGUUCCAGAUGCAGAAAAGAAAUAGGUCAACAUUCACACUCUCACAGGAGCAGAAGGAAUGAGGCCUUUGCAGCAUAAGGAAGGUGCUGGAUUCCUGGAAGAACAUGUAUAUAUGGCUGGUGACCACACUACCAAAGCGUUGUUGCCUUUGACCUCUUGUUGAGUGUGACCCUGUGUUGUGAUGAACAAUUGUUGUUGCUUUUCGCCUUUAUCACUCAGCACAUCAUGAUUAUUAAGUCCAUAUCCAUGUCCACAAUCAGCUUUUUCCCAAACAAUUCUGUCGGUUACUAAAUUAUCACACGUUCCAGAUACUGUUCCUCAGUCUAAGUGUACGCCAAGAAAUCUACAUCAUGUAUUUACUGUUCCUUGUUGGAGAAGUACAUGUAACAUCUACGUGUUUAUAUCAAUAAAUAAUUUAAUUUCUGG